UUUGACAGCUGUAUCAAAAGAAAAAGUUUACAAAAGCAACAUCAAAAACCAUUGGCCGGUGAAAUUUGUUGAAGUUACUACAAAAAGUUUAAUUAAACUAAAUUGUUUAUUAUACAUAAUGGCCAACAAAAAGGGUAACAAUGCGGGCGGACGCACACAGCAACAAAUAAAUGAUUCCAAAGACUACAGUGCAUUCAAAGUGGUGUUCUUCUAUUGUUCGCUAAUCGUGUUCCUGCCUGUCGCAACAUUUUUCCUGCUUAAAUCUACUGUGCUGGAACGCUUUUUCACAAUGUCUGAGGUUACCACCAAUAUUUAUUCGGCGGUUGGCGCAGUUGUAGCCUUACAUUUAGCGCUGGGCUUGUACAUAUAUAAAGCAUAUUUUGGGGGCAGUCAACAUACCGAGUCAUACAAAAAAAUCGACUAAUGACAAAAAAUGUAAGCAUAAUUAAAAGUGAUCAAUCAGAAAAGUAUGGUGUAAGCUACGGAUUCUUCGCCGAAGAACAUGUGACUCAAUUUGGGUAUUACCAUAAGUAUACUUUAAAUGUAAAUGCACAGAUAGACAUUUUUAUAACAAAUACUAUAAGAAUUUUCCUACAUUCAUGUACGCGUGUUUUAAAUUGUUCAAUAUAAAUAAUUUAUUUAAAACUACGUACAAACAUUUAUACAACAUGUUUUAUGCGACCAUAAAUGUAAAA